ACCAACAAACAUCAUGUGUCGUCCUCUUUUUAGCUUUGUGUUCACGCGAGUGUCGAUGUCUAUUCCAUGGAAAUUUGGCUGUCUCCUCGAUAAAUGUUGAAUUUGGACGUUGGAAGCUGCCACUGAUGCGAUCCAGUCCACAAGUACUCGUCUUCCACUCUUUUCCGUCAGCAGAGCGUUAUUACUCCCUAAUCCAAUCGUACUAUUCAUCCACUUUUGUAAAUGGCUUCAACGGCGCCCCACGGGCUGGCGCUGCUUGUGCUCGUCGCGGCCCUGCCGGCGGCCAUGUCCUCGUGCGCCGGCGAGGACUUCCCAUCAGGGAGGAGCUACGUGACGUGCGAGGACCUUCCCUACCUAGGCGCGUCGCUGCACUGGACCUACGACGCGUCCGGGCCCUCGCUGUCGCUGGCGUUCGUGGCCGCGCCGGCGGCGCCCGGCGGGUGGGUGGCGUGGGGCAUCAACCCCACCGGCAGCGGCAUGGUGGGCUCGCAGGCGCUCGUGGCGUUCGCGGGCGGCGCCGCCAACUCAUCCGCGCCGGCCGCCGUCAGGACCUACAACAUCACCGGAUACUCACCCCUCGGCGACGCCUCGACGCCCAUCGCGUUCCCGGCCACCGGCCUCGCCGCCGACGUGGGCGACGGCGGCAAGGUCCGGCUGUACGCGACGCUGCGGCUGGGCAAGGGGUUGAAGAAGGUGGUGAACCACGUGUGGCAGGUCGGGUCCUCCGUGACCAGGGGGGCUCCCGACAUGCACGCCAUGGACGCCGACAAUCUCGCUGCCAAGGGUAAGCUCGUCCUCACCGACGGGGCCGCAGCGAGCGCUCCAGCGCCCGCCGGCGGCUCGUCCAGCUCUGGUGACGGUAGCGGCGACGGGUCGUCGUUAAGGCGGCCGAUCUCACCGGCGGCACACACUGCCAGGGUCUCGGUGCCGGAAGUCGUCGUACUGGCGGUCCUUGGCUUCUUGACGAUGGCAUGGAAGGACAGAUGGUGCUGUAAACCAUGUCAUUCAUUUUUUUGUGUGUAUUUCAUUGUCUUCAAUUCUUCAUUGAUUUCGAGUUUGCCAUUUUUCAGGCUAUGAUGAACAGAAAAACCUAGAAAACACUGCUAUACUCUGUUUUGGAAUGACAUAGGUAGUUGAUCAAUAUCGUUUAGUGUUGUUUCUUCUUGUUUAUCUUUGUCACAUAAAGAUGACUUUAGUUUCUGAACCAGCACGAGUGCUGGGGUCAUUAUGAGCAUCCCAUAGUGAAAUCUUGAGGUGAUCAUUACUUGCA